UGUGUCACGGGGCUCGAUCUUGGAUAAGCAUUAUACUCCAAAAAGCAUUGUAGUAUCUGUGACAGUGCUACUAAUUUUCUGAGUAGAAAUGGCACGCCACAUGAAACUUCUGUUUUUUCUCGCGGUUUCAUCUUUGCCAUGGACGAAAAGCGAAUCAACGAAAGACGAACUCAGAAGGUUGAUCGAAGAAUAUAUUACGGACCAUAACGUCGAUAAAGGAUGUGCAUCAUUGAGGGAAGAUUUCUCAUUUCUGACAAACGAAAAUCUUAUUCUAAAACAGACUCUGUCCAAAUUGGAAUCGGAAUUAAAUGAUAUGAAAUCUCGCAUCGAAGACAUAAUGACUGAAAACAGGGAACUGAAAGAGCAGAUGGUCGCGAUGGACAGAGAAAUGUCCCACUUUAGAAAUACGCAUCACGUGACAGAAAAGAUAGAUUCUGGCCACCGGAAUAACUCGGACAGGAGUGACUUUAGCAAAAACCAUCAACGCAGACGCAGAUCUAAUAUCAUUGAACGGUUAUUGAUACCGAGCACCGGGAUAGCAGCGAGUCCGCCGAUAGCAUUCACCGCGAGUAUUUCCGCCAAUAUUGUUGACCCCAAUGACGGCCAGACCUUUGUUUUCGACCAUAUCGUUACAAAUUCUGGUAAUGCCUACAACAAAAACAACGGCAUGUUUACAUCCACAGUAAGAGGCAUCUAUGCCUUUUAUGGUUCCCUACUCACAGGGGCUGGCAAAUACCUAGAGGCAGAAAUAGUUCGCAAUGGCAAUGCUUUCUGUGGUCUUUACAGUGGUGACAAGGACUUUUGGGCUCCAGGAUUCAAUAUGGCCACAAUUGAACUGAAUGUGGGAGAUGCUGUGUGGGUGAGGGUAGAUGAUGUUUACCACGACGCGGGCGUUUUGGUUGACAGCAGAUUUACUUCAUUUUCCGGUUAUCUGUUGUAUGAAACUGAAUGAUGGAAUACAGUGUGUAUAUAAAA